GUAAAAUUGAAGUAAAAGUUCACAAUUAAAGACAAAGGCAUUCAUAUAGAAAAGGACUCACAAUGAGGAGGAAAAACUCGAGUCCGCCAACGAUAGGACUCGAAAAUUAUUCAAUUUUAUUCAUUUUAUUUUUUAUAACUGGUAGUUUUGCAGCGCCUAUACAAGAAUCUACAGAUAUAUCGCAAUUCUCAGAGGGCUGUUAUUAUAAUUAUAAUCACUACAAUGAAGGCGAUAGAAUAUUGACAAAUGAACCAUGUUUAAAUUGUACGUGUCAUAAUAAUAUGCUAAUGUGUUAUUUAAGGGUAUGUCCAUUUACAAAACCAAUUGGUCAAGAUUGUAUAAUUGAAAAACGUGAAGAUCAAUGUUGUCCAAUUAUCACAUGUCCAGAAGUUCAAGUAGAUGUUAUGAUGCAUAAAGGAACUGCUGGAUCAUCGGCAAUUGGUUUUGCAGAAAAAUAUGGUUGCGUUAUAAAUAAUAAAUUUUUCCCAGAAGGAUCUCAAGUACCAGCGAAUCCAAAUAGGCCAUGUGAACUUUGUUAUUGUAUAAGAAAUAGCACAUCAUGUCUUAUGCAAGAAUGUACUUUACAUAUCGACGGUUGUCAACCAAUUUACCAUAAAGGAUCUUGUUGUCCAGUUAGAUACAAUUGUGAUCACGAACUACCUGAAAUUGAAGAUAUGACAACAACAACAACUACAGUUAAACCAACAGAAGGUUUCAUUAUGACAACGAUUGGAUCAGAUAUUAGCGAACAAUGUACGCACAAUGGCGAAACUUAUUUGGAUGGCGCAAUGAUAGAGACUGAAAAUCCAUGUGACAGUUGCUAUUGCAUGAAAGGCAAAAUUGUUUGUGCUGUUAGAGAAUGCAGUAUUCCUAGUCAAUAUAUUGGAAGAAAUUGUACACCUGAAAAUGUACCGGAAAAUGAAUGUUGUCCUCAAAGAUUCAGUUGUGAUGAUUAUGGAAUUGAAACUACAACAAAAGCUUUCAGUGCAGAAAUAACAACAUCAGUGGAAGACAAAACUGAGCCCGCAAUUUCGGAAGAAGAUGAACAACUACAGAAACACAUUGACGAUGUAGAAUCAGAAGCGAAACCAGUUACACAACAACCUGGCUCUGAAGAAGGAGUAACAUUAGGCGGUCGCAUUGAUUUACCAGAAGAAGAAAAAGCAACAGAAGUACCUAAAGCAUCUGUUGCGCCGGAAGGCACAGAAACUGAGGCACCAGACACUAUGUUAACUAAACAGCCUUAUCCAGAGCAAGUAGAUGAAAAAGAUCAAACUACACCUGCUCCAGCGGAGGUUGCUCCGACUGAAAAACCUGAAAAAGAAGAAACUAAACCCUUACUACCUGAAAGUGAAACAAGACUUUCUUUGUUACCGGAAACAACAGACGGCACACACAUUAUUACUACUGAGUCUACUAAAGAAAUACUGACAACUCCUGAAUCAGUAGUCUCAGAAAUAUCUGAAACCUCUACGGAAGUUACCCAAGCACCACAGAUCGGAAAAGUUGAAGAAAAAAUAACUCCAAUUUCAGCUAGCGAAAAACCAACAACUGAGUCCGAUAAAGAACUAAUAACAACUGUUCCAAGUGAAGGUGUCAGCGAAAGCAUGUUUAUACCUAAAGAAGAACAAGACAAAGAAGUAACACCAGUUGUUGCAGAGCAUAUUACAGAAGGCACUCCUGUAGAAAUUGCAGAAACUGAAAAGGAAACAGCACUUGUUGAAGGCGCCACAAAAAUACCAUCUCCGCUAAAGACUGACGAACUUGAACAAACUGUAGCUCCAAUGCAUGCCGAGAGUGUGACAGUAACUCCAACAAAAGCACCAAAAGGUGAAGGUUUCACGUUGUCUUCUGGUGAAGUAAUAACGGAAGUUCCAACAUUACCGAAAGCGGACCAAAUUACAGAAGCACCAGCUUCAGAUGAUAUGACUGAAAUUGUACCAGUAUCUGAGGACAAAGAACAGAUUACUUCCGAUAUCAUUGAAGAGCAAUCAACACCGGCUUACUCUCAAGACGUGAAAACACCAACCCCAUCCAAACCUGAUGAAGAGGAAAAAAUAAUACCAACAGGUUUAGGUGAGGCUUCAACAGAAAGACCAUCUGCGCCAUCAUACGAGGGAGAAACUACCAUCUCAACCGACGAGAUAACACUUACUCCAUCUUCACCUAAAAUCAAAGGAGAACAAGAAGACGUGACUGAGACACCAACUAAAGCUGUAACAAUCGGUCCAUCUUCACCAUCUGCCGAAGAAAUUGGAGGAUCAACAACUUUGAUUCCAGAAGAAGAUAUUAGAAAAACUCCUACUCCAUUAGAAGGUGAACGUGAACAACCUGAAACUAAAACUGACAAAACUAAAGAAGGUGAAGCUGUUUCUGUUGCAGAAAUGAUCACAACUCGAGCACCUGGUGGAAUAACCGAAGAGCCCUCAAAAUCUAGUGAAGAAGAACCAAGUACGGAAGAAAUGGAUCUUGCUAUUCCAUUUGCUAUACCUGGAGAAGGCGACUGUUUGUUAGACAGAAAGACUUAUAAAAAUAAUACUACGGUACCAUCUUCUAAUGAAUGCGAAUAUGAGUGUGUAUGUGUAAGCAGUAUGAUUAAAUGUAAAACAAUUGAAUGUGCUCAAACUGCGGGACCAGGUUGCACAAUCUUGGAACCGGCUCCUGGUGCAUGCUGCCCUACUUUGCUUUGCCCUGAAGGAACUGAAAUAGCUCCUGAGCAUACCACUACUGUUGCUGAAGAAGCACCAUUGAAAGAAAUUAGUCCCGAACUAGGUGAGAGAGUUGAUUCUCAAGCAACUGAAUCUCCUGAAGAAAAAGAAGUAGAGCCAACUACCGGAGCUGAUAGAGAAAAAGACGCUAAGAAAGACGAUUCCAUAGCCCAAGAGCCUGUAACUACACCUUCAGAAAAAGAAACUGAUGUUGAACAGCAACAGAGAGAUCGACUUUCACCCACCGAAGGUAUCACAACUUCUGAAGAAGAAGUAACAAAACCAACUGGAAUUGAAAUCGACGCUCCUGUAUCUGCAGAAGAUACACAAACAGAAAGAAUACCUGAAGAUAAAUUAACGGAACAGGGUCCAGAAGAUGCAACCAAAUCAUCAAUAACUCCAGAUAAAACAACCCCAUCUUUAUUAGAUAUUCAAACAUUACAACCUGAUCUAGCAACAAAGGAACCAACCGUAAAAGAUAUACAAGAAUCAGUUACUACAAAACCAGAUGAAACAGACAAAUUAAUGACAACAACUCUUUUGUCAAUGAUGGUUCCUGAAGAUCAGACCUUUAAACCAAUUUUAGAAAGUAUUCCGAGUGAUAGUCACGUGAUGGCUCCAUCUAAAUCUGAAGAAGCUGGCAAACCUGGACAAACUGAAAAACCGGAAGAAAUUCUUGAAAUAACGCAUAAACCAACGGAAGAACAACUUGAAAAUAUUACUGAGCCUACCGUUGAUGAUAAACUGAAAGAUAUUCACCCAACUGUAAUACCGACUUCAAUUGAAACUGAAAGACCAGAAAGUACAGAAGCGGAAGUUGGAAUGGUACCUUUGAAAGAAAGUACCGAAAAAUCAGAACUGGAAGUAACUGAAAAACCGCUUCAAGAAGCACCUGGAAAACCAACAACACCUACACUUGUACCAGCAGAAGACAGAACAGAAAUUCCAGAACAAAAGGUUACAUCCGCUGAAGGGUUAGAAGUUGAAUCUGGAACUAAAACGUCUGAAGAAAAAGCUUCAACCUCUACAAGUCCAGCCAUUCUUCCUGAAGGAACGGAAACACCAAUAGGUGCUACACCUAUAACUAAAACUGAACAACCUAUUGAUAAAGAAAAAGUCGACGAAUCUCUUGAAGGAAGAAUUGAUUUAUCCACACCAACUCCGACUGAAGAAGACAUGAGAGCUACUGAAAAAUUACCUAAAGAAGAAAUAUCAGGUUUGCCAACCGAAUCAAUUCCAGAGUCAGUUACUGAAAAAGCUGGUGAAGCUGAAGGAGAGCCUGAAAAAGAACCUGAAAUUAGUGAAUUAUUACCCGAACAAAAACCAGAAAUGCAAACAGAAUUAAUACCAGAGAAAGGAACUGAAAAACCAAGAACUGAGGGUGAAUUAGAAAAAGAAAAACCUGAAACUUCUGAAGAUGCAGAUAUGAAAACUGAAACAGUUCCUGAAAAAGAAACCGAAAAACCAAUCACACGAGAUGAUGGCAAAUCUGAAGAAAAACCUGAAGUUUCUGAAAUUCCAGAAACGGCAACAGUAUCCAUUGAAGACAAAGGAACUGAAAGACCAACUGAAGGCGAACUCGAGCCUCAGAAAGAACCAGAAAAAUCGACAGGAGUUUUGGACGCAGAAAAAGCAACUGAAACAUCUCCACUACCUGACGAACAUAGUGCUAGACCAGAAAAACCAACAGAUGUACCGACAAUAUCUGAGAAAGAAGUUCCAGUAUCCGAAUCUAUUGAAAGAGAAAGUACUGAACCAACCAUUGACUCUACUACUAAAAAAUCUGACCAAGAAGUUCAAAAAGAAACUUCAUCCAUGCCAGAAGAUGCAACAACCGGUCCAACAGAGCCAAGUGCUACUAAAAUCCCAAGUUUGGAAACAGAAAUUGAAAAACAUCCAGAUGAAAUUAUGGAUACAGAAAAAGAAAGCCCUAUUGUUACUACAAUACAACCAUCGCAGUCUACAGAAGAAAAGACUGAACCUUCUAAGGACAAAGAAGCUGAAAUUGAAAAAGAAACCGAACUUCCAGAAGAAGGAAUCAAAAGCUUCACAGAAAGUCCGAAAGAAGAACCUGUUACAUCAAUUGAAAAACUUGAAACAGAAAAAUUACAGCCAGGUGAAAUCGAAACUGAAGGUGAACAAACAAUCAAACCAUAUAUUACAGAAAAAACUGAACAGCCAAAACCAAGUGAAAGCACUGAAACACCAGAAAAAGAGCCUAGUAAAGGAGUCACCGAAAUGGUUGAAAGUCAAACGGAAAGAGACAAAGAAAUCUCUAAAGAAAAAACCGAAAAGCCUGAUGACGGUAUCAAAUCACUUGAGUCAACUGAAACUCCAUCCCAUUUGGAAUCAGAGGAAGGUGAAGGCAGUGGCGGUACUUCUACUCAAGGAACUCCUUCUUCAGUCGAAGAAUCACAAACUGACACUUCAGAUCAUUUACAAGUUCCUGUUGAAAAAGCAACGGAAUCUGCUAAAGACAAAUCAGAUGAAGAAGUUGACCACACUGAAAGCGGUGUUGAUAAGAAAACUGAGGCUCCCAUCGCUCGAACUGAGAAACCAGAAUUUGAAACAAGCGAAUCAACAAUCGGAACUUCUGACGAACCAACCGAACCAUCAAGGGAAACUCCAAGCGACAGCCUUGAAAUAUCAAAAGAGGAUGAAGACAAAAAACUUGAAACAACUGAAAUUAUUCCGGAAGUGCCUUCUGAUGAAUCAAAAGAAAUCGAAAGUCCAGAAAUUCCCACAAGAAUUGAUUCUGAAUCACCCAAAGAUCAAAAACUACCAACGACCAAAUUGCCUGAUGGAUCAGAGGUGGCGUCUGAAUAUCCAGAUAGCAGUUCAACUGAAUAUCCACAUCUUACUCCAGAGGAUAAAACUAAAAUCUCUAAAGAAGAUGAAGAAACUGGAACAGGAAAACCUGACGAGCAGCCAACAAUUUCUGAAACUUCACAAACUACUACAGAAUCUCCAAGAGGAGACUCAAGAGAACCUACAAUUCAAGACGAAGCUACAGAAAUUACACCUGAAACUUCAAGCGAAAGACCAUCACAUACUGAGAUCGAAGGUCAAACUAGAAAACCGGAAGAAGGCGAAGAAACAACUAAAAAAUCUGACGAAAGUGCAAUUGGAUAUACAACCCCCGCCAAAGAAAUUCAUCCAGAAGCCGCUACGGACGAAAGUGCUAAACCAACUAUGCCAAGUGAACUUGAAAUGUCUACAGAAAUUUCAAAACAUGUUACGGAAGAAGGUGAAAUUCGAAAAGAUAUUGAUCAACCAACAGAUGAAAAGCAAGACAUUACAACUGCUCAUGCAAUUCCAGAAACACCAGAAAUUCAUACUGAAAAACCUUCCGACAUUGAAAGUGCAGAUCAUGUUACUGAAGUUCCAACCGAAUCCGUCGAAGGACCGUUUAAAGAAACUAAACCAGAGGACAAGACUGAAACGCCUAUACAAGCAUCUCCCGGAAUUCCAGUUCUCGAAACAACUGAUAAACCAGCAAAAGAAGAAAAGGAAGCAGAAAAACCUGGAGUUGUGGAGGAAGAUCAUAUAUCAACUGAAAGAUUGGAUAAACCCACUGAUAAGGAAAGUGUCACUCCAGCAGUUAGUGAACCAACUGGCAAACCAACAGACGAAGGAACUGAGAAACCACUAUUUGAAGGAAAAAUUCCUGAAUUUACACCAACAGUUAGUCCAUCAAUCGAUGAAGCAGGGGUUACCGGUGAUGUCAGUAGGGCAACUGACAAACCAGAAGAAGACAGGACUGCGAAACCAUUGCUUGAAGAAGAAUUCCCAGACUCAGGUGUCACCCCGAAACCAAUUGAUCAAACAAGUGAUGAAUUUUCUAAAGCAACCAGCAAACCAGAGGAAGAUACGACUGGAGAACUUGCUGAACCGACUGAAAAAAUUCUUAAGCCAUUUGAUCAAUCAAGUAUUAGUCCUUCUGAUGUGCUGGAUACUACACAACCUGGUCAAAUUACAGAAAAACCAACAGAAGAGAAAUUACCUGAAGAAAUUGAAAAAUUACAUCCAACAAGUGCUCCCGAAUCUUUGGAAACAUCUGAAGAAACAACAAUCCUUCCAUCGGAUCUUACUGGUAGAUUAGACGGAGAGACCCCUAAACCAGAUACAAAACUUCCAGAGCAAAGUGCGGCAACGCAACAACCAUUUGAAAAACCAUCUGAAGAAAAGACCGAAAUCAUACCUACAAAACCAAGCGAAGAAAAAGAACCUACAGAAGAGUUUACUGCAAAACCACAUGAAGGUGAAGUAACGCACCGACCAUCUGAAACACCAUCUGAAGAAAGAACCGAAAUCGUACCAACGAAAUCGAGCGAAGAAAAAGAACCUUCAGAAGAAUUUACUGCGAAACCACAAGAAAGUGCAGCAACAGAACAACCAUCCGAAACACCGUCUGAAGAAAAAACCGAAAGCACACCAACAAAACCUGUCAAAGGAACAGAACCUUCAGAAGGAUUUACUGCAAAACCACAAAAAGGUUCAGCAACGGAAGGACCAUCUGAAACUCCAUUUGAAGAAAAGACCGAAAUCGUACCAACAAAACCGAGCGAAGAAAAAGAACCUUCAGAAGAAUUUACUGCAAAACCACAAGAAGGUGCAGCAACAGAAGGACCAUCUGAAACUCCAUCUGAAGAAAAGACCGAAAUUGUACCAACAAAACCGAGCGAAGAAAGAGAGCCUUCAGAAGAAUUUACUGCAAAACCACAGGAAGAGACAGCAACGGAACAACCUUCUGAAGAAAAGACCGACAUUAUACCAACAAAACCGGGUAAAGAAGGAGAACCUUCUGAAGAAUUCACUGAACCACCGCUUGAAAUUAAAACUGAAGCACCUUCCGAAAUCCCAAGCAUUACAGAAAGAACUGAUAAAGAACCCUCAGAUCUUCAACCUGGAGCUCCAAGCUUUACUGAAAAAGAGCACAUAUCCGAAGAGGUUACUUCAGGACCAUCCAAAGAACAACCAGAAGAAACUACAGCUACGCAAGUUCCACUUUCAUUCGACUCAAAAACAUCUACUGAGAUACCUAAAGAAAAAGAUAAAGAAGAUGUCGGUCUUAGUAUUGAAGGAGUAUCAACAGAAGUGCCACCAGAGAAACCUAUUGCCGGAAUACCUGAAGAUGAAACGAGAACUGAAAUUCCUGAAGAACAAACUGAAAAAACUACGAAGAAUGAAACUGUACCUCAUAUUCAGGAAAUUGAUACAGAAAAACCAACACAUUUAUUACCAGUAUUACCGGGAGAAGAAACUCGAACUGAAGUACCUGAAGAAGAACUGUCACAGACAACACAAAAAACACCCAAACCAGAUGAAGAAGAAAGCACUGAAGUACCCAAAAAAGAUGAUGCAUUUACAAAAGCUCCUAUUGACAUUCCACUUAAUGAAACUAAAACUGAUAAACCAAUUGAAGAACCUAUUGCUGAACAACAAACAAUUAGUCCUUUGGGAGAUAAAACAAGUAAGCCCGAUGAUGAUCAAAAACCAGAAAAACAAACUGAAAAACCAACAUUGGAAGAAGAAAGUUCAACGAGUACAACAACAAAAGUUCCUCUCACAACUAAACCUACAUUUAUGCCCUCGAUUCCCGGAUAUAUUCCUCCAGAUAUGCCAACUGAAUAUUACGAUGAACCUGAUGAUGCCGAUAUUUUUGGACCUGGAACUUGUCGUUAUGGUGGAAAAUUAUUUGUAUCAGCACAACAAAUACCUCGUGAUGAUCCUUGUGAUUUCUGUUUCUGCUUUAGAAGUGAUAUCAUUUGUUUACAACAAUCCUGUCCGCCACCAAUAUCUGGUUGUAAUGAAGAACCAAUACAAGGUUUCUGUUGUCCAAGAUAUGAAUGUCCAGUUUCAAUGGGCUAUAAUGUUAAUUCAACAACUAGCACAACAACUACAACACUUCCACCUCAUUUCUUACAUAGGCGGCAUCAAAAAGUUGAAAGAAAUGGCUGUCAAAUACAAGGUAUCUCAUAUAAAGUAGGUGAUAAAAUACCAUCAGCUAGUGGACCAUGUAUGCAAUGCACAUGUGGUGGCGAUGGACAAAUGGAAUGUAAUCCAAAACCAUGUACUCCAGAGCCAAUGUUACGUCAAAUGAUUGCUGUGGUUGCAUCUCGUCGCCGGAGAUGAAACACUUCAAGCAGUUUAAAGAAUUUUUAAAUAUAAUAAUUUUUUUUAAAUUAUAUAAGAAAAAAAAAAACAAACAACAGGUGCCAAAUAACACCAAACAGUAAUGAAUAAAUUUUGAUUUAAAAAAAUAAAAAAGAAAAGCAAAUAAAAAUUAAUUUUAUUAAAAUUUGAAAAAUGCAAUAAAAUCAUAUCGAAACUUUGAUAAAAAAAAAACUGAAAAAGAAACGAAAAAAAAAACUUAAUUAAGAAAUUUAUAAAAAAAAAAAAUAAAAAAAUUAAAUAAACAGUAAAACAGGAUAGUAGAAACGGUAUUAAUUUUAUAUAUCUUUAGAAUUAAGUACGAAAAAAAAAAUCUCAUAUUUUCUUAUUGUACUCAAGAAUUUAAGCUUAUCAAAGAAAAGAAAAAAAAUAUAUUUUAAUUUUUUAAAAGUAGUAUUGCACUGCCUUUCUAUAGGGUAAUAAAUUGGCCUGAGAAAUGGAAAAAUGUAAUUAUAUAAGGUUAAAAUAAAUUUUUCUGUUAUUUAUUAGGAGUGUCGAUAAGACACAAUAAUGUGCUAUUAUUUUUGAUAUUUUAUAAUAAUUAUUUUUAUAAAAAUAUAAGAGCAAUUAUCUUAUUACUAAUAUAACAAUCAAAGACCAGUAAACUACCUAAUUAACGCACAAUUAACUCCAGUAAUUCACUUUGAUUAUAUUUAGUGUAUAUUAAAUAAUAUAGAUUAUUCACAAUAUUUCCAUAUUAUUAAUUUUUUUAAUUAUUAAAUUAUUUUAACAAACAAUUUCCUUCUAUUCAUUAUUAAAUAGGAAAAAUAAGAAGCAAUUGUCUUAGUU